CUUCACUUUGGUCUGACCAGGAAGAGGACAGUGUAGUCUCACAGUGCUGAGGAGACCUCCACCUGCGACAGUUUCCCUCCCCAGCCCUCUCCUCUGCCCCAGAGUGUCCUUGCAUCCUGGGACUCCUGUUUCCAUGUUGUGGGGGAUGGGAGUCAGAAGAGGCCCAGCAGGGUGGUCUUGCCAAGGAUCCGCAGUCUCUGCCAAGAUGGUAGAAGUACUGACAGCUAAUUACCAGACACUGCUACACCAGCUGAACACCCUGUGGGGCAGGAGGCAAGAAUGUCAGUCAGAGGUCUGCGGCUUCAGUCUAAUAGAAUCUGCACAAGAUAAUGGCCUUGGAAUGACUGCAAGACUAAGGGACUUGGAAGUAAAAGAUCUUCUUAGUCUAACGCAGUUCUUUGGCUUUGAUAAGGAGAUAUCUUCCCUAGCUGUGAAUGCACUGGGAAGAUUCCUGUCUGAAAUGAAGGUUCAGCCCAAGCACUAAUGUGAUGGACUGAACUGCUUUUCUUCGGCUAUAAAAUCAACAGAAGAGGAAAGAAAUAUCACCUUGGCAACUGACUUGAUCCCAAUCAGUCAGUACAGGUUCACAGUUUCAGACCGGAUGAGAAUGGAAAAGAUGAUAUUGCAGAAGGUAUGUUGGAAAGUCAAAGGGGCCACUGCCUUUCAAUUUCUGCAACUCUGUUACUCACUCCUUCAAGAGAACUUGCCAUUUAAAAGGAAAAACAGCCUAAAUAUUGAAAGACUAGAAGCUCAGCUAAAGCCAUGUGACUGCAGGGUCAUAUUUUCUAAAGCAAAGCCUUGUGUGUUGGCCAUAUCUGUCAUUGCAUUGGAGAUCCAAGUGCAGAAGUGGGUGGAGUUCACAGAAGAAGUAGAAUGUCUUCAGGAACAUUCCAAGAUACGUGGCAGAGAUCACUUCUGGCAAGAGCUUGUAUCCAAGCAUCUAACUGACUAUUCAUGGAACAAGUGUUCCAAGCCAAAUGUUUAGAAGUUGAAGUGGGUGAUUUCUGGGCGUACUGCAUGGCAACCAAAGUGUAGUUACUAUAGAAUAACUCACCUUCCAACAAUUCCUGAAACAGUUCCUAAAUUGAACUACUGGGAAAAGUCGGCCCUUUCUGGGAAACCCCUAUUGGAGAUUGCCUCAGCCCCAUCAAAUAAUGGGGGCCGCCCAGAUGGCUGCAAAGGGGGACGAGGUGCUGGGCGCAUUCAGUGCACGCUCGGGCAGCUGACGCCGCUGCGCAGGGCCCAGGACCCAGGAGUCCCGGCCGCCCCACACCCUUCCCCGUGUGUUCCCACUGCCUCAUUGGCUGCCUGGAGGAGGCCCCAGCGAGCACGCAGGGCCCUGUGGCACCAGAGGAGAAUGAGGGGGCAGCAAGGAAGGCGUCCCCACCGCCAAAGCCUGCAGGAGCGACAGGAGGCUCGAACUGGUGAGGCAGCCCCACAGCCUACGCUGCAGAAGCCGGGGCGGCCCCUGGCGGCGGGGAGGGCUAGGGAUUGUAGAGACACAACCCGCACCGUGCAGGAGAAAUCGCUGCCCCAUGCCGAGCCAAGCAAGAAGCACUUGCGCUUCCAGCAUAAAUAUGGUUGUUAUCACUGUAAGGACCGCAACAUCCGCUGGGAGAAUGCCCUCGUUUGGUGUAUCCAGGGUACAAACAAGGUUUAUUUUAAGCAGUUUUGCAGAAUGUGUCAAAAAUCUUACAACCCUUACCAAAUGAAGGAUAUCACCUACCGAAGUUGUAAAAGAACUAAAUGUUUCUGCCCAAUAAGACUUCCCCGUGUGGACCCCAAACACUCCCAUCGCAAGACCUAUGUGAGAGGUGCAGGAGCAGGCGCCUGUCCUGGGAUGGCACCAGUGCUUGGAAUCUGGGCAAAAAUAAGAGUAUCCGGUGGCCAGAGCAAAAGCGACGGCCAGCACGCGCAGAAGCUGGGCACAUCCCCCGUGGCUACAGAGGCGAUAACCACAGAGCCGCGUGUGGAGGAUGCGCAGGCAGUGGAGCCCUUCCUGAUAAUAAAGCAGCACUGUUGGGGCCCUGCCUGCAACUUGCUGGACCCCAAGGCGAUAAAAUGGAAGCUACAGCCAGUUACCGCCCGAGCCUGA